AUGAAAGAAAGAAAAACCCCUCGUUUAACCGCAACUUUUGUUGUUUCAGACGCCCCGACUUGCAAAUACGACCGCGUGAGUGUGGUGGGCGCGUCCCGCGGCGAGAGCGUCGACAUCGUGUGCGAGAUCGAGUCCGAUCCGCCUGCGAAAAGCUACCGCUGGAAGUUCAACAAUUCGGGCGAGACGCUGGACGUGGCGGCCGAGCGGUACGCGCGCACCAGCAACGGCACCUCGAGCCUGCUGCGCUACACGCCCGUCACCGAGCUCGACUACGGCUCGCUGAGCUGCUGGGCGGCCAACAGCGUCGGCCAUCAGAUCAACCCGUGCGUCUUUCAGGUCGUUGCGGCAGGAAAACCAUAUCCAGUCAAAAACUGCACACUAUCGAACCUCACCAGCAGCUCCGUCGAAGUAUUCUGUCUAGCGGGCUUUGACGGCGGCCUACCGCAAUAUUUCGUCUUGGAACUGUACUCGACAAGUUCCGCCAUACCCAGAUACAACAUGACGUCACUCACCGAACCGUUUUUCUUCUUGGACAAUCUCGAACCGGACGUGACGUUUAGAAUCGUAAUUUUCGCAGUGAACUCGAAAGGAAAAAGCAACGGGAUCGUGUUAGAAGAAGUGACGUUUAAAGAUGCAGAAAAGAGGACAGCAACAGAUGGGGACUUGAGCUUCUCACCUCUGCUCGGCGUCCUUUUAGGCGGCACAUUAACCGUAGUCGUCGUGAUAAUGCUGGUAAUAAUUAGAAUACGUAAAUCAAAAGGCCACAAGCAAGAUAACAUCGAGCAGAAGGUAUCGAGCGGCACCAUGCAACACAACACGAUGUCUUCGACAAAGCCCCUGCUACGCAGCACGUCCCCCAAAGACGCAGACGACCCGGACAUCAUACCAGCUAAAUACGGUUCUCCCGAGGGACGCACGUUGCCCCAUGGCACGACCGGAGCAGGACUUCUUGCCACAUCGCCCAAUUAUGCACAAUCCAACGUGCCACAGUGGAUCGGCCCCGUUGAUCAGUACCACCAGUACAACAACCCAGUGGCGAGGGUGGGCACGUUUCCGCGGGACUCGCGGCCCAAAGAUCUUCACUUGGAGAACGGCAACAAUUCUCCGACAAAAAAAUCCACCAACGACAUGGAACUUAAUGGAUUGGCCAUCAAAGAGAGACUUAUGGCAAACCGUCUUCCAGAAAGUUGCGUUUAAAAGUGUUUGUGUGUGUGUGUAUAAUUUUACCGUCUUCUCUUAUGUUCGUUGUUUUUUAUUAUUGGACCGUCCAAUGCGUUUUAAACGUUUUAUAAAAAGCAAAGAAAAUCAUCAUUUUACUUGAG